ACGCUCACUAUGAAUCUCUAUGGGAUUGCGCUCCUCUAUACUUCAGCUUCACUCGCAGCUACAGCUACAAACUGCGUACCUGUUACAACCUUCUUCUUCGCUGUCCUUCUCGGGAGGGAGAAAGUGAACGUAAGGGAAAUAGCAGGAGUUGCGAAGCUUGGAGGAAUAACAAUUUGCAUUGUAGGAGGGGCCACCCUUGCGUUUUUCAAUGGACCAAUUCUAAAGCCUCCUUUUGCCCUCCACUCUGCCCAAAACCAACUCCAACACCAUGAUUCAUCCACUGGAAGCACAAAAUGGAUCGUAGGUUGCUUCCUCUCGUUCCUUGCGGUCUCCUCCUGGGGCUUAGCGUUUGUUCUCCAGGCAGGAGUCUUGGAAACCUAUCCAUCAAAGCUUCACUUCACAAGUCUUCAGUGUCUAUCAAGCACAGUUCAGUCAUUUCUUGUGGCAAUUACUGUGGAAAGAGACCUCUCUGAGUGGAAGCUUGCUUGGAAUGUCAGACUACUUGCGGUCCUUUACUGUGGAUUUGUGGUCGCGGGAGUCUCACAUUACCUACAAUCUUGGGUGAUUGCAAUGAAGGGACCGGUAUUCCUAGGCAUGUCAACACCCUUGAGUCCAAUCCUGACAAUGAUCGGUUCCAUGUUUCUCUUUGGUGAGAACAUGAAUCUUGGCAGAUCUUAAAGAUUAAGAUGAAAGUGUGGUGGACAAAAACGGGGCGGUGAAAUUGGGGGGAUAACGAAAAAUCACGAAGAGGACGAGAACUGAAGUACUAAAGAUGUUAUGCAACACUAUCUUAAAGCAUCAGCAAAGUUAUGCAGCAAUAUCAGUAAAGCAGUAAGGAUAAGAGAAUUUACUGAACUUCAGCCGUCCACACCGUCCUAUCUUCCCCUACUGGCAACCUCGAGCCAAAGCUGAUCUCCACUACUAAAUGAAGCAGGUCACGGGUUACGUAGUUUCGUGUGCUGACAAGCCCCCUCCCGUACAGCACUUCUACAUUGUGAUUACAUGAAAGGAAAUCCCCUUUGAAUUCUAUUUAGAAACUGUCUAAAAAAUAAAAAUAAAAAUAAAAAUUUAAGUACAAGAUUAAUGACAAUAAGAAAUACAAUCGAGCUUUUGGCCUUCUUCAAUUAUUAUCGUAUGCUACUUUUGAUUUGAUUUGGACUUCUUGAGCUUAUAUAGGUUUUAUCACAAACACGUGCACUUAUCACGGCUUUCAAUUAAUUGUGACUAAUGUGACCUCAUGUUUGGUUUCU